AUGCCAUUCUCCCACCAUAGCCAUUCAGGGCAAUUCUGCCCAGGCCAUGCCAAAGACUCUCUUGAAGAUGUGAUCCAAGCCGCCAUCUCCAAAAAGAUGCAAGUCUUCUGCCUAACAGAGCACAUGCCACGCCACAAAGCAGACUUCUAUCCAGAAGAGACCGAAUCCGGCCAAACAGAGGAGUGGCAUUUUAGCAAUGAAGCAGACUACUGGGCAGAAGCCGUCCGCCUCCGCACCAAAUACGCCUCUCAAAUCCAAAUUAUCAUUGGCUUUGAAUGCGAAUGGAUCCGGCCUGAGUCCAAGACUCUCAUUGACCGAUCACUGUCCCGCUUCCCAUUCGAGUUCUUCAUCGGCAGCUUGCACCAUAUGCACACAGUGCCGAUUGACUACGAUCGGGAAAUGUAUGAGAAAGCGCGCGACCUCGCGGGUGGUUCGGAUCUGCGUCUUUUCGAAGAUUACUUUGAUGCGCAGCUUGACAUGUUGCAGGAGCUUAAGCCGCUAGUGGUAGGGCAUUUCGAUCUCAUUCGAUUGAAGAGUGAUGAUAUGGAGAGAAGCUUCCAGACUUGGGAGGGGGUUUGGGCGCGGAUCUUGAGGAAUUUGGACUUUAUUGCGGGGUAUGGUGGGAUGUUGGAGAUUAACGGGGCUGCGCUGAGGAAGGGCAUGAGUGAGCCUUAUCCUAAGGCUGAGAUUUGCAAGGAAUUUCUGGCUCGUGGUGGUCGCUUCUGUCUAUCGGAUGAUAGCCAUGGCGUGGAUCAGAUCAGCUUGAACUUCCACAAGGUCCUGGAGUUUUUGGACGUGGCUGGUAUUGAGACUCUGCAUUAUCUGCAGGUAGGGGAGCCAUCGGGGACAGUGCCCGACGCUCGGUUCCCGCGCACGCAUAUUGCUGCUAUCUCUGUGCAGGAUGUGAAGAAGAUGGCAUUCUUCAAGGUUGAAUAG